AUGCAAAACAUAAUUUUUAAAAAUGUAUUCAAAGCAACUGCAAUUAAAGAUAUAUCUAAGAAAGAGUUUUAUUACCAGUUGGCUUCUUUUUAUGCCCUGAGGAGAGUUCCGUCAAAAUGUUUUUCAAGUCAAGAGCCGGUUAAAUCGCUCUUGCCAACCCAUGAUGAGUUUAGUGUUCGCCACAUUGGACCAAGAGAACAUGAGCAGAAGCUCAUGUUAGAAGAACUGGGACUUGAAAGCAUCGAUGAACUAAUAAAUAAAACAGUGCCAGAAAACAUAAGACUGAAUCGCCUGUUGAAUAUAGACUCCCCCAAAGGUGAACAUGAAUUACUGCAGUACUUAAGGGAAGUCGUUGAUAAAAAUCAAAUUUGGAGAUCUUAUAUAGGUCUGGGAUAUUACAAUUGUUUGGUUCCUCAUUGUAUACUGAGGAACAUCUUUGAAAAUCCUGGAUGGACAACUCAGUAUACGCCAUAUCAAGCGGAAAUCGCUCAAGGAAGACUAGAAAGCCUCUUAAAUUACCAAACCAUGGUUGUAGAUCUGACUGGAUUAGACAUUGCAAAUGCAUCACUCUUGGACGAAGGAACUGCUGCUGCCGAAGCAAUGGCUCUCAGCAUAAGAUUCUGCAAGCGAAAGAAGUUUUAUUGCUCCGACAAAGUGCAUCCACAGACUAUUGCAGUGGUUGAAACCAGAGCCAGUGCAAUGGGAGUGCGAAUAAUAGUCACGGAUUUAAAAAAGGUUGAUUUAGCAAAGAAGGAUCACUCCGGUAUGCUGUUCCAGUAUCCUGACACAGAAGGAAAUAUCUCUGAUUUUACAGAAAUGGUGGCACAGUGUCAUAAAAGUGGGGGACUUGCAGUUUGUGCCACUGACCUACUCGCACUAACAGUACUGAAACCUCCUGGAGAAUUCGAUGCCGAUAUAGCUGUUGGGACAAGUCAAAGAUUUGGUGUCAAUCUUAAUUAUGGAGGCCCACAUGCUGGCUUCUUCGCUGUCAAAAGCAAGUUCACUCGUUUAGUGCCUGGAAGAAUGGUUGGAGUCACUAAAGAUUCAUCUGGAAACCUUGCAUACAGAUUAGCGCUUCAGACAAGAGAGCAGCAUAUCAGGAGAGACAAAGCCACGAGCAACAUAUGCACGGCUCAGGCUCUUUUGGCUAAUAUUUCAGCCAUGUAUGCUGUAUAUCACGGUGCUGAAGGACUAAUAAGUAUUUCGUUUAAAGUCAGCAAUGCCACUAGACUUUUAGCAGAAGGUGUUCAAGCAGCGGGACACAAACUUCAACAUGAGAAAUUUUUUGAUACGAUUAAAAUUAUUCCACGGACUGAAAUUUCGAAGAUCAAGCAACGUGCGGAGGACAAGAAAAUCAAUCUUCGUUAUUUUCCCGAUGGAACGGUGGGUGUCUCCUUGGACGAAACUAUUGAGCAGAAAGAUCUUGAAGACUUGUUUUACAUUUUCGAGUGUCCUCACACUGUGGACGAAUUAGCUGAAAAAAUUUCCAAUACACCAAACAACGUGCUGUCAAAUGAUUCAGAAUUCAGACGAAGAUCCAAAUUUUUAACUCAUCCUGUAUUCAACAAGCAUAGAUCAGAAGCCAGUCUAGUUCGAUAUAUGAAAAUUUUAGAGAAUAAAGACAUUUCUUUGGUCCAUUCAAUGAUACCAUUGGGCUCCUGUACAAUGAAGCUUAACAGCACAACUGAAAUGAUGCCUUGUUCCUGGCCCCAAAUUGUUAAUAUUCAUCCCUUUGUUCCAUUGCAACAAGCACAAGGCUAUCAACAACUUUUUGAAGAACUAGAAAAAGACUUAUGUGAGAUCACUGGUUAUGAUAAAAUCUCAUUUCAACCAAACAGUGGUGCCCAAGGGGAAUAUGCAGGUCUCAGAACCAUAAUGUCAUAUUUAAAGGCUACAGAACAAGAAAAAAGAACAGUAUGCUUGAUUCCUACAUCUGCCCAUGGAACAAAUCCAGCGAGUGCUCAGAUGGCUGGCAUGUCUGUGAAGCCAAUUAAUGUCAUGCCUUCUGGAGAUAUAGACAUGGAUCAUCUGAAGGAAAAAUUGAAAGACUUCAAAGAUACUGUUGGCUGCAUGAUGAUUACCUAUCCAUCGACUAAUGGCAUUUUUGAAGAAAGUGUGAGAGAAAUUUGUGAGCUGGUGCAUUCGUUUGGUGGCCAAGUGUACUUAGAUGGGGCUAAUAUGAAUGCUCAAGUAGGUCUUUGUCGACCAGGCGAUUAUGGCUCUGAUGUAUCGCAUAUAAAUUUGCACAAAACUUUUUGCAUUCCUCAUGGUGGUGGUGGACCAGGAAUGGGUCCCAUUGGAGUGAAAUCUCAUUUGGCUCCCUUUCUGCCUUCGCAUCCUAUAAUAAAUCCUCUUGAAUCUCUUGGCACUGAAGCAAAAUCUUUUGGAGUCGUAAGUGCUGCUCCAUGGGGGUCUUCGGCUAUCCUUCCAAUUUCGUGGGCAUACAUUAAAAUGAUGGGAUCAAAAGGUCUGAAAUCAGCUACAGAAGUUGCAAUUCUAAAUGCUAACUACAUGUGUAAGAAACUACAAAACCACUAUAAAAUAUUAUAUCACGGCAAAGCUGGUAUGGUUGCUCAUGAAUUUAUAAUUGAUGUCAGGGGGCUUAAAAAUACAGCAAAUAUUGAAGCAAUGGAUAUUGCCAAAAGACUUCAAGAUUAUGGAUUCCAUGCCCCUACAGUAUCAUGGCCUGUAGCAGGUUCAUUGAUGAUUGAACCAACUGAGUCUGAGGACAAAGAUGAGCUUGACCGGUUUUGCGAAGCAAUGAUAAAUAUCCGUCAAGAAAUUAGAGACAUAGAAAACGGUGUUUCAGAUCCAGAAAUCAACGUGUUGAAAAUGGCUCCACACACACAAAGAGUUGUUUGCUCCUCCAACUGGAACUUACCAUAUUCAAGAGAAAAAGCAGCAUUCCCUGCAACUUUUGUGUGUCCUGAAACCAAGCUUUGGCCUACUGUCAGUCGCAUUGAUGAUGUUUAUGGUGAUACUAACCUCAUGUGUUCAUGCCCACCUAUGGAAAGUUAUGGCCAGGAAUGAACCAUCAGCAUUUUUGUUUCAAUUAAACCAAAAGACUUCUGCAAUUUUUGUAAUUUUUUUAUGGUCCAAACAGAUUAAUAAAUCCAGUCUUCCAAUG